GGAGGCUCUCAAGGCUUCAGCUUCAAGCGCCAGUUCGUUCAUUGCCUUCGAUUCCGAGAGAGGAGUAGAUUUUCGCUUCUCUCCGUCGUUCGUCGUCGCUUUAUAACCGCUCGCAUUUCACUCAGAAGUGAAAAAUGGGGUUGUCUUUCGCAAAGCUAUUCACCCGGCUUUUUGCCAAGAAGGAGAUGCGUAUUCUGAUGGUUGGUCUUGAUGCUGCUGGUAAAACCACCAUUCUUUACAAGCUUAAAUUGGGAGAGAUUGUCACAACCAUUCCUACCAUUGGAUUCAAUGUUGAGACCGUGGAAUACAAGAACAUCAGCUUCACCGUUUGGGAUGUUGGUGGCCAGGACAAGAUCCGACCAUUGUGGAGACAUUACUUCCAAAACACACAAGGACUUAUCUUUGUGGUUGAUAGCAAUGACCGUGAUCGGGUGGUUGAAGCUAGAGAUGAGUUGCAUAGGAUGCUGAAUGAGGAUGAGUUGAGGGAUGCUGUCCUGCUAGUAUUUGCAAACAAGCAAGACCUUCCGAAUGCUAUGAACGCAGCCGAGAUUACUGACAAGCUUGGCCUUCAUUCUCUCCGUCAGCGCCACUGGUACAUCCAGAGCACAUGUGCCACUUCUGGUGAAGGUUUGUACGAGGGACUGGACUGGCUCUCAAACAACAUUGCAAACAAGGCAUAGGAGGCAUCAUUGAGUUGUUAGUCCUGUAUGUUUUGUCCCGUUCAAGUGUUUUGUUUUUUUCAUGUUCAUUUGUUUCUUGCAAACCUUGCCACUUAUUAUAUGUAGUUUAAGAAUAAUUGAUGACUUCUGGGUUUCCUUUGUGGUAUUAUUACGAAAACUG